UCUUCUUCCUUCCAUCACUUCCUUGACGAAAAGUAAACCCAUACAUCCACGUGUAGAUACUUGACUGACUCCAUAUAAUUAAACAUAAAAAUAAUAUAAAAAUUGAAAAGAACCCUCGUCCGAUACGGGUAACCGAAUUGUGUUCUGAUUUGAGCACACACACAAAAACACAGUGACUGUGUGUUAGGAAAGAGACAAAAAAAAACAGGGAGAUGGAUUUGUUACCAACAACAAAGGAGAUUAUGAAAAAGCAUAGAUUUAGGUCACUGAAAUUGAUAGACGCGAUAAAUUACGAACAUGUUUUAUCUCAAGUUCCGUACGGUGCGGAAUUUGGCAAACUUGAUAAUGGAUUAACUUACUAUGUUCGUUUGAAUUCUAAGCCCAAAAUGAGAGCUGCACUCGCACUCGCCGUCAAAGUCGGUUCUAUUCUUGAAGAGGAAGAAGAGCGAGGAGUUGCUCACAUUGUUGAACAUCUUGCAUUCAGUGCCACUAAGAAAUACACAAACCAUGAUAUUGUCAAGUUUCUUGAAAGCAUUGGAGCAGAGUUUGGUGCUUGUCAAAAUGCACUUACAUCAGCUGAUGAAACAGUUUAUGAGCUGUUUGUUCCUAUCGACAAACCUGAGCUAUUAUCUCAAGCCAUCUCAGUCUUGGCAGAAUUUAGUUCAGAAAUUCGAGUAUCAGCAGAGGAUUUGGAGAAAGAAAGAGGCGCUGUUUUGGAAGAGUACAGAGCAAAUAGGAAUGCCAAUGGCAGGAUGCAAGAUGCACAUUGGCUAUUGAUGAUGGAAGGGUCAAAGUAUGCUCAGCGCUUACCAAUUGGAUUGGACAACGUGAUCCGGACAGUGGCUCCUGAGACUGUAAAGGGAUUUUACAAUAAAUGGUACCAUUUGCAAAAUAUGGCCGUUAUUGCUGUUGGAGACUUCUCUGAUACGAAGAGUGUUGUUGAUUUAAUAAAGACCCACUUUGGUAGUAAAGUUUCAGUGACCCACUAUUUGGAUAUACCUAAAUUUCUAGUCCCGUCUCACGAGGAGCCUCGUGUUUCAUGUUUUGUGGAGUCUGAAACUGCCGGGUCAGCAGUCAUGAUUAGCUGCAAAUCACCAGUGGUCGAGCUGAGGACUGUAAAGGAUUACAGGGAUUUACUUGUAGAAGCCAUGUUUUACCAUGCAAUGAACCAGCGAUUUUUUAAAAUAUCUCGCAAGAAGGAUCCACCUUACUUUUCAUGCUCUGUUGCUGCAGAUGUAGUGGUUCAGCCAAUAAAGGCCUAUAUAAUGACUUCGUCUUGUAAAGAAAAGGGAACUCUUAAUGCUUUGGAAUCGAUGCUCACAGAGAUUGCUAGGGUGCGGUUGCAUGGUUUUUCUGAUCGAGAAAUUUCUGUUGCGAGGGCAUCUAUGAUGUCUGAAAUUGAAUCUGCAUAUUUGGAGCGUGACCAGGUGCAGUCAACCAGUUUGCGGGAGGAAUAUCUGCAUCAUUUUCUUCGACAUGAACCUGUGGUUGGAGUUGAGUAUGAGGCACAACUUCAGAAAACUACAUUACCCCACAUAUCUGCUUCUGAGGUAUCUAAAUAUUCAGAGAAUUUUCGCACAACACAUAAUUGUGUGAUAAAGGCAAUUGAGCCUCAAGCUGUUGCAACAGUGGAUGAUCUCAAAAAUAUCGUGCUAAAGAUAAAUUCACUCGAAGAAGACAGAAGUAUUUCUUAUUGGGAUGAAGACCACAUCCCAGAGGAGAUUGUUACUACAAAGCCAAACCCUGGGAGUGUAGUGCAGGAGUCCGAAUAUUCUAAUAUUGGAGCCACAGAGCUGAUUUUGUCAAAUGGCAUGCGUGUCUGUUAUAAAUGCACAGACUUCCUUCAAGACCAGGUUUUGUUCACAGGAUAUGCAUAUGGCGGUUUAUCUGAACUUCCAGAAACCGAAUACAUUUCAUGUUCAAUGGGUUCCACCAUCGCUGGAGAAAUUGGUGUAUUUGGUUAUAGACCGUCAAUGCUGCUGGAUAUGCUUGCUGGUAAGAGAGCUGAAGUUGGUACAAAGCUUGGAGCAUAUAUGAGAACAUUCUUUGGUGACUGUUCACCUACAGACUUGGAGACUGCCUUGCAGCUGGUGUACCAACUGUUUGCAACAAGUGUAGUACCAGGGGAUGAAGACAUUAAGAUUGUGAUGCAAAUGGCAGAAGAGUCUGUUAAUGCUCAGGAAAGAGACCCAUAUACGGUUUUUGUAAACCGUGUGAGGGAGCUCAAUUAUGGGAACUCCUAUUUUUUCCGGCCAACAAGAACUAGUGACCUCCGAAAGGUCGAUCCAUUUAAAGCCUGUGAAUAUUAUAAUAAAUGUUUCAAGGAUCCAUCAACUUUCAGUGUGGUGAUUGUUGGGAAUAUUGAUCCUACUAUUGCAAGGCCCUUGAUAUUACAAUAUUUGGGUGGCAUUCCAAGACCAUCUGAAGCAGUUCUGAAAUACAACCGUGAUGACCUUAAAGGAUUGCCAUUUACUUUCCCUACUACCAUACUUAGAGAAGUUGUGUGCAGCCCCAUGGUGGAAGCACAAUGUUCAGUCCAGCUAUGUUUCCCUGUCGAGUUAAAGAAUGAAAAAAUGAUGGAGGAUGUUCACUUCACCGGGUUUUUAAGCAAGCUUUUGGAAGCAAAAAUAAUUCAAGUCCUCCGUUUCAAGCAUGGACAGAUCUAUUCAGCUGGUGUUUCUGUAUUUCUUGGCGGUAACAAACCUUCACGGGUUGGUAAUGCUCGUGGUGAUAUUAGUGUAAACUUUUCAUGUGAUCCAGGUGUAGCGCAUGAACUGGUUGAUCUUGCUUUAGACGAGAUAGUACGUCUUCAGGAAGAAGGACCCUCAGAUGCAGAUAUUUUAACAAUACUUGAGAUUGACCAGCGGGCCCAUGAAAAUGGAUUACAGGAGAAUUACUGGUGGCUUGAUCGGAUAUUGCACAGCUAUCAAUCUAGGGUCUAUACUGGGGAUGUUGGUGCUGCUUUCGCGGUUCAAGAUGACAGUCGCUCAACUGUUAGGAAAAUCUUAACACCAGCUACAGCUCAGCUAGCACUGCAGAAGAUUAUACCCUUCCCUUGCAAAAGACAGUACACGGUAGUAAUAUUGAUGCCCCAGGCUCCUCGUUUUAAGUUGCUCAAGUCAAUCUUGACCAAUGAAAAGGUUCAAGUUGGAUUUGCUGGUCUGAUAGUUUUGGCUUUUUGCAUUUGGAGAUAUUCUCGAAGGUCAUCGAAUAUAUAGAAAUUAUUUUAGAAAUUAUUCAAGAAUCUAGAACCUAGAAAUUUUGUCCGGUAAGAGGUCAUAUGCUUUUGGAAGAUAGAUAGAAGAUACAUCACAAUAUACAUGGCACCUUCCAGCCGAAUGUCUUGAACAGAUUCAUACAAAUAUGUUCCUAAAUUUCGUGUAGCUAAUCCCUUUAUGUUGGAAUAUAAUUCAAUUCCUCAGAUAUCAGGCUAAUGUUUGACUAA